UUUAUUUACGAAGGAGUCUUACCAAAAUACAUUGUAUUUGCUACAUUAAAAAAAAAUAGAUAAUCUAAAUUGUUUUCGAAAAUUAAUACCAUAUCGUGUACGAAACAUAACAGAGUUUUUUUUCUAAUUAGUAUUAGUAAAAAGUGCACUAUAAGAUGUUGGAGGUUAUAAAUGGAUUUCUACUAGUAUACUUUAUCGUUUUAACCACGAUCAGUGUAUUAAUACCUCAUUUGGUGAAACCAAUUGCAGCAUGCUUCACCAGACCAUCUCUAGAAGAAAAGGCAUCCUUUGCAGAGGUUAAAAGACUGAAAAAUGAGCAGAAGAGUAUUUCCAUGAAAGAAGAAUUUGCUGCAUACCACAAAUUGCAGCGUAAAAUUAAUGAAAUAGAGAACAGACUGAAAGAGAACUCUCAGUCCAGAAUGAGUAAGAGCCUUGCAGUUAAGAGUACAGUACACAUAGCACUUCAAGCAGUGGUAGCAUUGAUUAUCGUGAUCUCUGUUAUCUGGUUCAGGCGCGAGCCAAUAGUAGCACUUGAGGGCAAUCUGUUCCCACUGUCCACCAUGCUGCAGUACCCGAGUGAGACUCCCAACGCCAUCUCCACUCAUGUGUGGGUGAUGAUCUCAAACCUCUCUAUAAGAACAUUAUUGAAGCCAAUUGUUUCUUAAUUUAUAUAAAAUUGUACAUUGUAAACCUUCAGGGUUUUAAUUAAAUUUGAAAUUGAAAAACA